AUGGCAGACUUCUCCUCAACCCACCACCACUCUCUCCUCAAGAUGCCCGCAGUCUUCACCACCAAUGACGCCUCCACCCCGAACAUCUCGAGCUUCUUGCUUUACAACCAAACCAGCCAUGGCCAGCCUCCAGCACCAGCAAAUGCAUGUGCGGCCAUGGUGGAGGAUGCCUCGCGGGAGAGCUCCUCUGCAGUUCUCGACAAUGCCUCUCUACAGGCCAGUGCAUCUGUGGACAGGAAGAGGAAAGCCACAGAUGACAGCACCACACUUAGCUCUGCUCACUCCAAGGACUGCAAGGAUGGCAAGAGUAGGAGGAAGAGGGAGAAGAGCAGCACCGAGCAGGACCAGGAGGAGGCGCCCAAGGGAUACAUCCAUGUGAGGGCAAGGAGAGGGCAGGCAACAGAUAGCCACAGCCUUGCAGAGAGGGUGAGGAGGGAGAGGAUCAGUGAGAGGAUGAGGUUGCUGCAAACACUGGUCCCUGGCUGUGACAAGGUCACCGGAAAGGCACUCGUUUUGGAUGAGAUCAUCAAUUAUGUGCAGUCCCUGCAGAACCAAGUUGAGUUCCUGUCCAUGAGGAUUGCUUCCAUGAGCCCAGUGUUGUAUGGAUUUGGGCUGGACAGUGAUGGCCUCCAUGACCAGGCACAAAAGAUUGGAGGCAUGUUCCAGCAGGAAGCCCUUGCAGUGCCUGCCCCAGCUGCAUCUCAAGCCAUGAUGGACACCGCAUCCUACUCGCUGCAAGGCCAGGGGGGCAUCUCUUUCUCUCAGUCCCAGUCUCAGGUUGGCAUGCAUGCCCUUCAAUUCCUCUCACUUGCUAGACCAUAUGUGCAAGCAAAGCCCCAAAUUAGUAAUGCAUGGCGUCCGUUUUACCCCAACUUCCCGUGCAUCAUUUUUUCAGGACAGUGGCAGUUACCUGAUGCAAUCAGUGGGAGAGCAAAGACAGGAACUGCUCAAUCAAUUGGUGUUCAGCAACACGUGCUCCUUCCAGUAGGGGAAGAGAAAGAGAUGAAGCAACCCAUAUUGACAAUAGGCGCGGGAAUAAUGCUGCAAGAUAGGUAG